AUGAGCUACUCGUCUCGCUAUUCAAGUUCAUAUUCAAAUCGCUAUUCUGAUCGUUAUGGUGACUCUUCAACUAAUUAUGGGGACACUUCUAGUCGUUACACAUCCAAGUCCGACUAUUCUAGUCGACUUGGGGAUUUAACUGAGAAAGAAUUAACCGACACUUCUGGUUACAGUAAGCGCAGAUCCAAGUAUGCAGCCUAUUAUGAGUCAGCCUACACAACGGACAUUGACAACUACUCUUCCAGAAGCAAAAAAACAGGCAUGGAUGACGAAGAUGUUUCCGAAAAAAAGUGCCGUAAUCACGAUGAAACUAUGAUUGAAGGGAAACUGAAUGACGAAGAGGUUAUAAUGAAGCGCGAAGAGAAUUUAGGGAAGAGCAGAGAGAAAAAAUACGUAAAAGAACCAAAUUACGGUGAAAAUGAACUGGUAACGUCUUCAGCUGAGCAGAAAGUGGAAAAUGAUGAAGAAGAAAGUGUCUUCACGCCGGCGAAGCAAAUAGAAGAAAAUGAGGAAAAUGCCGAAUACGAGAACUUGAAUGACGCGUUUAGUCUACUAUAG